AGGCUGACUGACUGGGAUGGGGAGGUGAGGCAGCGGGGCCGAACAUGGCGCGGAGCGGCCGGGCGCUUGGGAAAGUGCUCGCCGAAAGGCUCACGGCGCCGCACAGAAGCGUUCUCAGGCACUUGGCUUCAUGUGGUAUUCUGAUGAGCAGAAUUCCUCCAAUGCAAGCAUCUGUAACAAACCGUACCUUCGCAAGAAGAACUUUCUUCAACAUUGCUUCACCGUUUGGAAACAAAAGAAAAGAAUAUUCUGAGAGAAGGAUUAUAGGUUAUUCCAUGCAGGAAAUGUAUGAAGUGGUAGCUGUUGUGGAGGACUACAAACUCUUUGUUCCUUGGUGUAAAAAGUCAGACAUAUUAUCCAAACGUUCUGGAUACUGCAAAGCCCACUUAGAAAUAGGAUUUCCUCCUGUGGUAGAGAAGUAUACAUCAGUUGUUACCCUAGUGAGACCUCACUUGGUUAAGGCAUCCUGCACAGAUGGGAAACUAUUUAAUCAUCUGGAAACAGUGUGGCGUUUCGGUCCGGGAAUCCCAGGUUAUCCAAGAACAUGUACCUUGGAUUUUUCAGUUUCUUUUGAGUUUCGUUCACUUCUACACUCUCAACUUGCUACACUAUUUUUUGAUGAAGUUGUUAAACAGAUGGUAGCUGCCUUUGAAAGAAGAGCAUCCAAAAUCUAUGGGCCAGAAACUAGUAUACCUCGGGAGCUAAUGUUUCAUGAAAUUCAUCACACAUAAAGGGAAAAAAGUUAGAUCUCUAUCUUUAUUAUAAUCUAAUUUGUACACCUUAUUUAUAAGAGGUGCUUUUCUCUGUGGGCAUCUAUUUGUUAACUUAGCUUUGUGUGUAAUAUACUGCUGUACAAAACAUGCACAUAAUAUGGAACCAUGUACAUAGAAUAUUAAGCUUCAAGUGCAAUUCAGGGUGUGGUGUUUGUAACAAACUGAGUGGCAGCUACUGUAAGCUAGCCAAUCAAGAUUGCCUUUACCUUGCCAAACAGUUUGAUUAUAUAAUGAACAGCACAUCAGCAUUACUGCCUUAUCUAAACUGUUAAUUUUUUGCAGUGUUUGUAAUAAGUGUAUGAAGUUUAAGUUAUUAGUAGUUUUUGAACAUAUGUAACUUAUUCUCAUGAUAUUAGCAUCAACCUAAACAAGUUCAGGGAAAGUUUAAGGCAAUUGCCCUUAACUUCCUACUUUUCCCUGCAUCAGGAAUACUAGUUUUAUGCUCCAAAAGACUGAAAGAAGAAUCCCCUAAUGGACAGUUUCAAUACAUUUUAACUGACAAGGCUCCAGUAGACAAAGCAGUGCCAUCUUACAUUAGUAGCUGUGGUAAAAAUAUAAACUGACAUUACAGAAGUUAAGAGCAGCACUUACUUGUUCUACAACUUAUGAGUUUAAACUAAAUCAGUGUGGUAGUGUACAACGUAUAUGUAAUUGACUUAAAAAAUAAAAAGGUCUAAAGGGAGCAAUUAAGCUUUUUAGAAGAAAUCUACUUAUAUUUACACAUUCAUUACUACCAUCAAACAGAUUACUAUAACAUUAAAACAAUGAAAGGGGUAAGUUAUGCCAAGGAUUUUUUAACACAUUUGAUGAGGCUGGCACUGUUAUCGCUAAUCCCUUGUGUUAUAACUUUCUAUAUUCCCCCUCCUCUCCAAAAGCAAGCUGGAGCUAAAUUGUCUCUUAAAAAUUAAAGAUAUAAACUAAGUGAGUGAAUAGAUCUGCAUCCUUUUUCUAUUAUAUUGAAUUGCCUAAUUCCUGUUUUAAUUUUACCAUUAGCUCAAGUCAAAUUAAGUGAAAUGUUUAGCUUCAAAUCUAAAGUUUAAUUUUUCUGAGAGGGAAAAGGGGUAAAUGUAUUAAGUGUACAUAGAGUGGA